AUGGCCGGGAAAUUCAUCGCGGUUUUGAGGAGUUUGCAGAAGCGGUUGCUCUCACAAGCGAAGAGAUCCAAGAAUCCACACCUCUACGAGUGUGAAGAAGCUGACGUGUCCAAAGGCGUGAAGGAGGGACAUUUCUCGGUCGUGGCGGCCAUUGGAGAAGAACCUACGAAGUUCAUGGUGCCUUUGAACUAUCUUUCGCACCCUACCUUCGUCCGGCUUCUAGAACAAGCGGCCGAGGAAUAUGGGUUUUGUCACGAAGGUGCGUUGGAGAUCCCUUGUUGGCCGUUCGAGAUCGAGAGCCUGUUGGCCGAGCAAUGGCGAUGCUGUUGUUGA